AUGAUGUCCUUAUCGAGAUCGGUCGCUCCCAGAGCGCUGCGAGCUUCCACGACCAUGCCAUUCUCCCUCGUCCGUGCCACACCCGCCGCUUUCAUCUCUUCCUCCUCACAGAAGUCCGCCACAUCAGCAACAGUCACAACACCAGCUACAGCGGGCGACUCCUCCCGCCUCCCAGUGACGGGUGGCAUCCGUCGCGAAGUGCCUCUACCCAGUCAAGAACCGAAGCAAGGUGCCAUGCAAUACGCCCUGACCACACUCGAUCAGAUCGCCAAUUGGGCACGCCAGGGCUCUCUGUGGCCGCUGACCUUUGGUCUGGCCUGCUGCGCCGUGGAAAUGAUGCACUUGUCCACACCCCGCUAUGAUCAAGAUCGACUCGGUAUAAUUUUCCGGGCCUCGCCCAGACAGUCGGACGUGAUGAUCGUGGCCGGCACGCUCACCAAUAAAAUGGCUCCCGCCCUCAGACAGGUCUACGAUCAGAUGCCCGACCCUCGUUGGGUGAUUUCCAUGGGUAGCUGUGCCAACGGCGGAGGUUACUAUCACUAUAGUUAUUCGGUCACUCGCGGUUGUGAUCGGAUUGUCCCCGUUGAUAUUUAUGUGCCUGGAUGCCCGCCGACGAGUGAGGCGCUGAUGUAUGGCAUUUUCCAACUGCAAAAGAAGAUGAGACAUACUCGGAUUACGAGACUGUGGUAUAGGAAAUAG